AUCAGAUACAGCAAUCGUUCAAAAAGCUUGAUGGCCCAUUUAGCAGAUGCGAAAUCCCUUCUCGACAAUCGAGGUCACUACGCCGGCCAAACCUUCCAUGGCGUUAAUCCACUCCUGCUCGUCGAGAAGAUCAUCCGCGAGCGUAUCUUCGAGAGCUUGUACUGGAAGGAGCAAGCAUUCGGCCUGAAUGCUGCAACAUUACUCGAUAGAGCGGUCGAAUUGACGUACAUUGGUGGGCAGUACUCCAACCAACGGCCUACGCCAUUCCUCUGCCUCACCUUCAAGCUCCUGCAACUUCAACCUAGCCGCGAGAUAAUCUUGGUCUAUCUCAAUGACCCCGAUUUCAAAUACCUUCGUUCGCUCGCGGCGUUCUACAUACGAUUGACGUGGAGUGCUGUGGAUAUUUACCGAACAUUGGAGCCGUUGAUGGGGGAUUAUAGAAAAUUGAGGGUUCGUGGCAUGGGCGGCUGGAGGAUGACCUAUGUUGAUGAAUUUAUUGAUGAGCUCUUGACCAAGGAAAGAGUCUGUGAUAUUGCGCUACCGCACAUUAAGACGCGGGCGAUGCUCGAGGAUGCCGAUGAGUUGGAGCCAAGGGAGAGCUUACUUGGAAGUGAAGUUGAAAGUGAGGGGGAGACUGAUGCCGAAGAGGACAGGGGAGCUAAUAGCGGAGAUGAAUGACUCGACGAUACUAGAUGUUCUUUUAUUCUCUCUUUUUUUUUGUGGUGUUUGGGCGCUCUAACAUCCAGUCUUUCAAGCGGUUGUGUGUGAUAGCUAAUUAAUGAUCUUUCUUUGGA